UCUAUCUUCGCUUCUUCUUCUUCGUCUAUGAAUCUACUAAUUUUGGUUCUUUCUGAGAAUCGAACUCGUGUUACGAAUGCAGAUUAACAGAGGAACCCAAUACGUGAUUGUUUGAUCACUAAUCAAUUUUGCGGCCAAGUUUUGUGAUGCAUUUAACGGAGAAAUCAGUUCUUCUGGAAUUGAUCAGCCGAUGCAGCACUCUUCGCGUUUUCAAACAGAUACAGACUCCAUUGGUUUCUCGUGAUCUCCUUCGCGAUGACUUAUUCGUCAACAAAGCCGUAACCUUUCUGGGCAAAUCCGCCGAUUUCGCAACUUACAGCUGUGUGAUUCUCCACAGUAUCCGUUCUGUGUUGACCUCGUUUCCAUACAACACGCUUUUAUCAAGCUACGCAGUCUGUGAUAAACCACGAGUAACGUUUCUUGUUUACAGAACGUUUGUGAGUAACGGGUUUACACCAGACAUGUUCACGUUUCCUCCAGUUUUCAAGGCUUGUGGGAAGUUUUCAGGGAUCGGAGAAGGGAAACAGAUUCAUGGAGUUGUCACGAAGAUGGGUUUUUCAGAUGACAUCUACGUGCAAAACUCGCUUGUUCAUUUGUAUGGAGUUUGCGGAGAUUCAGGGAGUGCAUGUAAAGUGUUCGAUGAAAUGCCUGUGAGAGAUGUAGUUUCGUGGACUGGUAUUAUAACUGGUUUCACGAGGACUGGGUUGUAUAAAGAAGCUUUAGAUACGUUUUCAAAGAUGGAUGUUGAGGCUAAUUUGGCUACUUAUGUUUGUGCUUUGAUCUCGAGUGGGAGGGUAGGGUGUUUAAGUUUAGGGCAAGGAAUCCAUGGUCUGAUUUUAAAAAGGGCGUCUUUGAUCAGCUUAGAGACUGGUAAUGCUCUUAUAGAUAUGUAUGUGAAAUGUGAGCAAUUGUCUGAUGCAAUGAGAGUUUUUGGUGAAUUGCAAAAGAAAGAUAAAGUUUCUUGGAAUAGUAUGAUUAGUGGGUUGGUUCAAUGCAAAAGGCCUAACGAGGCGAUUGAAUUGUUUUCUCGGAUGCAAAUGUCUUCGUGUAUAAAACCAGAUGGGCAUAUACUUACAAGUGUUCUCUCUGCAUGUGCUAUAUCAGGAGCUGUGGAUUACGGAAGAUGGGUUCAUGAGUAUGUUGUAAGCGCUGGUAUUAAAUGGGAUACACAUAUUGGAACCGCGAUUGUUGAUAUGUAUGCAAAAUGUGGUUACAUCGAAACAGCUUUGGAGGUUUUCAAGGGAAUUAGAAGUAAGAAUGUGUCUACUUGGAAUGCUCUGUUAGGUGGUUUAGCGAUCCAUGGACAUGGACAUGAAUCCCUUCAAUAUUUCGAAGAAAUGGUUAACCUCGGUUUUAAGCCGAACCAGGUAACUUUUCUUGCGGUUUUAAACGCUUGUUGCCACGCUGGUUUAGUCGAAGAAGGUAGAAGAUGUUUCCAUAAGAUGAAAACCAGAGAAUACAAUCUAUCUCCUAAGUUAGAGCAUUAUGGAUGCUUGAUUGAUUUACUCUGUAGAGCUGGAUUGCUAGAUGAAGCACUAGACAUCGUUAAAGCAAUGCCGGUUAAGCCAGAUGUGCGUAUAUGCGGAGCUAUUCUUAGUGCUUGUAAGAGUAGAGGAGCAUUAAUGGAACUUCCUAAAGAUAUAUUGGAUAGUUUUUUAGAUAUGGAGGUUGAAGAUAGUGGCGUGUAUGUGCUUCUGUCUAAUAUUUUUGCUGCUAAUAAAAGAUGGGAUGAUGUUUCGAGAAUCAGGAAGUUGAUGAAGGUAAAAGGUAUCUCGAAGGUUCCAGGAUCAAGUUCUAUAGAGAAGUUCAUAGCAUAGAACAAUGAUGAUGUAUGUAUGACAAUGAUCAUCAUUCAUCAUACAUAUGACUAAAUGAGAAUGUCAGAAUGUCUUACAUACAUAAGAGAGGAGUUCAUGAGUUUCUCGCAUGUCUCUGCCUAAAGCUGAACUUGUCCUCUUCUACUUCACGUUCCUCUCGCUUCUUCACCUUAUUAUUAUGUGUAUAUAAUAUUAUUAUAAUUAAUUAAUUAUAAUCUCUAUGCAGUUUACAUGGUA